AUGAUUUGCACAGCAGAUGCUCUUGUAGCUAUCAGUGAUAGGAUCCUCAAAUCCAUCGAUGAGUUGAGUAAAGUGGAGUACAACAAAAAAGGCAGAAAGUAUAAAUUUGUAAACAACCAUUUUCAAAGAGUUAGAGAAGAGGAAAAGCAUCUUAUUAUAUACCCCGAAGAUUUGUCGGCCAAAAUGGGAAUAAUUCUGUCGUACCACAUCUUAAAAAACAUCAACGGAGGAAUAAUCCUUGAGCAAUUUCCUGAUUUGUGUCUCUCCAUCAUUGGAGUGGCCAACCAACUUGAGGUCAAUAAAUGGUUUGAAGAGGAAAAUAGUUCAGUGGUCAACUACAAAAAUUCCAAAUUCGAUCCAUUAGUGAGUAAGGAUGAUGCCAUUGUGUACUCUGAAGGUGUCACCGAUGAUCAUGUUCGUAGAGGACUUGACAUAAUGGUGUGCUCCAAAUUAAAUUUCUUGCACACCGAUCACCACAUUGGGAUCAAAUUGGACAGUCAUUACAUUAGACAUUAUGUGAGUGAGCAUUUCGGACCCGAGGCAUUAAAUAACCCUGAUGUUCUUGUUGCACUCAAGAGUUUCGUCCACUGGGGUAACAUCAAGGGAAUCUUGUAUAAGUUAGACAUUCCGAAUAUAAACAUUUCCGACGAGCUUCGGUCAAACUUUGCCAAGUUUCCUGAUCCACCAACUGACUUGAAAGACAAUGUCUACGACAGAUACCCGUCAGGAACUUCAUUAUAUUCGCUAAUUCGCAAAGCCAUUGAUAUGCUAGGCGAUUAUAAAUAUUCUAAAUUGAUUCAUUACCCUACGGACCCACUCUAUGAUUUGGAUUGGAUAUUCAAUUUAUGUAAUGAUAUUGAAAACAAUCCUAUUAGAUACCACCUAAGAUCUACAAAGAAGAGUUUAUGCAUAGAUCCCAUUAAUUUGAACGAAUUAACCCAGGAGCAUUCGACUCAAAUUAAGAAUUUAUUAGCUUUAAUUUCUCUUGUGUUUAAUGUCUUCGAAAAUACUGGUGGAGAAUUCUUAUUGCAAAAUUCCAAAAUCCCUAAAUUGGACGAUGAAUUAAUUGAGAAGCACUUGGACUAUUAUCACGAAUUAUGUGACGUUAAAGAUAAAAUUACAGAGUACGAAUUAAAAGAUUGGGAUGCAAAUGAUAUAGUUUUGAGAUUACAAAAAAAUGAAUCCUCAAUUUUUAACUCGGUUAUGGAAAUGAGAUUAAAAUAUAUUGAUAAUUACGAAUAG